UGGUCAGCCAAAACAACACAUAGUCAAGAUCUUACAAAUAAUACAAGAGGAAGUGCAAAAUAAUCCGAAGACACCGUGUUAAUUGUCCAAAAUAAAAUAAGAUAAAUAAUUUAAGAACUGCGAGAACUUAAAGAUCAAGAGACUGUUGAAUUUGGAAGUCUUUGAUUUAAGUUUAGUACUGCACAUUAAGUGUGCAAGAACUCCGUCAAAAUGGGCGAGCGUAAAGGUGUCAACAAGUAUUAUCCACCUGACUAUGAUCCAAGUAAGGGAGGCCUCAAUAAAUUUCAGGGCACUCAUGCUCUACGAGAGCGUGCCCGGAAAUUACACCUUGGCAUCUUAAUAAUUCGCUUUGAGAUGCCAUACAACAUAUGGUGUGAAGGUUGCAACAAUCACAUAGGAACAGGAGUAAGGUAUAAUGCAGAGAAGAAAAAAGUAGGAAUGUAUUAUUCAACACCCAUCUACCAGUUUCGAAUGAAGUGUCACCUAUGUGACAACCAUUUUGAAAUCAAGACAGAUCCUGCGAAUUUAGAUUAUGAAAUAGUAAGUGGUGCAAGACGGCAAGAAAGACGAUGGGAUCCUACAGAAAAUGAGCAAAUUGUUCCAGAAGAUAAAGAAGUAACUCGGAAGAUGGCAGUAGAUGCAAUGUAUAAAUUAGAACAUGGUGUUAGUGACAAAAUAAAACCAAAAGAAACUGAUACAGUGCUGGAGCAACUAGAAGAAUUUCAAGCAAGUCGUUGGCAUGAUGAUUAUGCAUCCAACAAAGCUCUUAGGGCAACUAUGAGAGCAAAACGUGUGGAGGCCCAGGCCCGGGCAGCAAGAGAUGCCUUGUAUCAUAUAUCGGUUCCCCUUCUUCCAACAAAUGAGGAUGAUGCCAGAACUGCAAAAUUACUGCAAUUAACUCAGUCAAAGACAUCAGAUCAAGUACGAGAGGAGAAGAGGGCAAUCAUAGAUGCCCAGUCAGUGUUUGCUAAGCUGAAAACAAAGAAAGUUCCCCAAACAACGAAAAAAGCAUUUGCUCGACAAUCACUUAAGGGUAUUGUCAGUAAUUCACAGAAGAACUUAAACAAUUUCAAAAAUAAUAUACCAAUAGGUCCUCUUAAUCUAGGGAUUGUGCCAAGGAAGACAAGCCUACAAGACUCUUCAGAGAAAUUACCUGAUGAUUCUGAAGGUGAAAAAGGCACAACAAAUACUCAGAGAAGAAAUUUACUUUGUAUAAAUAAUAUUACCCUAAAUUCACCAGAUAAUUCUUCAAGUAUCCCUGAAACAACACCCUCAACAUCUGCUAACUUAGAUAUCAUGACCCAAACAGCUGAGCAAUGUAAUUUUGUAUCUACUAAUACAGAACAUGUAGACAACACAUUAAAUUCACAAAUUUGUCAAAAGUCCCCCCAAGUUUCUGAGAAUUCUACUGCAGCUUCUAGUAGUGUUAAGGAAAAGGUGCAGUGUCUUGUAAGUUAUGAUUUAAGUGCAAGUGACAGUGAUGAUAGCUUUCAGUAAACUUAUUUUGUUAUAUUCUCCAACAGAAUUGGUGCUCCCUGUUCAUGUACUGUAGUGAAUACUUCAUUUGUAAGAUGAGACAUAAAAAAGUGAGUGUGUGUGUGCGUGCAUUUAACUUUUCUCUUACCCCUUUUUUAGACUUUCUAUACACCAUUAUUAAAAAAAGGGGGGGCUACUUUGAAAGCAUCAAAAGCAAUAUAGAGGGAAAUGAUGGAAACAUUUAUGAAUAUUACAGUGGUUAAUACUUUAUUCAAGACAUAUUUCUUUCUAUAUAGACAUUAUAUCUUAUUAAGAGAUAUAUAGAACUUAAUAUAACUAUAGCACUAACUAUCAUGUGCAUAUACUAGUUUCAGGAGGUUUCAGGAGAUUUGUAGACCGCAAGGGUAACUCCACUGUUGCGGUGGAUGAGGCAUUGGCUGUCAUGAAGUGAAAAAGGUAAUAUAGUAUAAGAGCAUACAAUCAUUGUUAAUGUUAUGAUGUGAUUUAUAAUAUACAGUUUAUAUUUAACUUAAACUUAUGAGAGUAAGAAAUAAAGAAAAAAUCCAAUGAAAUGUA